AUGGAAAAAUAUUUGAAGCGAAAAGCUUCAUCAUCAACCGGUAAUAAUGAUGCAUCCAACAAUAUGAUUGAUGUUAACGAUCUUCCUUGGGAUCCAUCAGAGAGACCCAAAAUUAUAAGUUAUAACCCAAAUCAAAGAGACGAAAUUAGACGGAGUUGUUUUGCCCAUCAACUUCAAUUAGUAGUUGUGGCGGUUGCAAAAAAACACGAAGGUGUUAAAGACUUCUUUGAUUUGCUUGCUUUGGUUAAUAUUGUUGUAAACUCUUCUUGCAAACGAAAAAAUAUGCUACGAGAAAGUCACAAAGAGAGAAUUCAAGAAGAAAUUGGAAAUGAGGAGAUUGAGACUGGUAAGGGGUUAAACCAAGAGAUUUCCCUUGUCCGAGCUGGAGAUACACGAUGGAAUUCUCAUCUUAAAACAAUCGUGAGUUUAAUUGCUUUGUUUCCAGAGGUUAUACAGGUGCUUGAAUAUGUCGAAGAUGAUGGUGAUAAUGGAGCUAGUCGGCUUCAAGCAAAAGGUCUUUUAUCAUACUUAAAGACAUUUGAAUUUGUGUUUUAUAUGCACUUGAUAUCAACGAUCUUAGGUUUAACAAAUUCAUUGUCUCAAGCUCUUCAAAGGAAAGAUGAAGACAUCUUGGAAGCUAUUGAUUUGAUAGGAACAACCAAAGGUCAAUUACAAAUGUUGAGGGAAAAUGGGUUUGAUCAAGUUUUGGAGAAAUGCUAUUCUUUUUGUGAUAAACAUAAGAUUGUGAAGUUGGAUAUGGCUGAAGCUUAUGUUAAUACAAGAAAUUCAAGGAAAAAGAUGAACAUUACCAAUCAACAUUAUUAUAACUAUGAUAUAUUCAACACUGUUUUGGAUAUGCAGAUCCGAGAGUUUGGUAAUCGUUUUGUUGAGAUAAGUACCGACUUGCUUCAAAAUAUGGCGGCUUUGAAUCCACGCAAUUCGUUUUCUCAGUUUAACAAAUCAAGCCUAUUGAAGUUGAGUCAGAUGUAUCCCCGAGAUUUUGAAGACAAGGAAAGGAUCAUUCUUGAGCAUGAACUUGAUAUCUACUAUCAUUCUGUUUAUAAUGAUGUCAGAUUUGCCUACUUAAACGGUAUUGCCGACCUCGCCAGAUUAAUGGUGGCAACAAGAAAGCAUCUUUCUCAUCCUUUAGCCGACCGGUUAUUGAAACUGACACUGGUUUUGCCUGUUGCAACUGCUACGGUUGAAAGAUGCUUUUCGGCGAUGAAGCUUGUCAAGACAGAUUUACGUGACCGAAUUGGUGAUGAUUUUUUGAAUUCUGCCCUCAUUUGCACCAUAGAAAAGGAAGUCCUUAGUAAUGUUAAAAACGAAGAUAUCAUCGAUUGUUUCCAAAAGAUGAAGACACGUCGAGGACAAAUUUAG